CCUUCUGUCAAGCUCCCCUUCCUCUCCUGUGCUCCAAGUGCUCUCCAGCUAAGGGUGUCCUGGUGCACACCAGCGAUUGAGCCCUGGCUGUGCACCUGCGUGCAGAGGAUGUGAGGAGCCUUGCUCACCUCAGGAAGAGAGUGCCACGUCCUGGUCACCUCUCCUCAGAGCCACCCCUCCCCACUGGUGUGACAUUGCACGGCAUGAACAGUGGCUGGGGCCUGAGGGCAGGGCCAUGGACAUCCUCCCAGGCACCUUGGAAUGCAUCCUUUGGGGGAGCAGGAUCCGGGAGCGGGCCCCUGUCCGGGCCCUGGUACAGCACACACAAGACUCAGCUGUUUGGAGUUUUACUUGCUGCUGCUUCAAAUUUUCUCAUCAGUGUCUCCUUGAAUAUACAGAAAUGCGCUCACCUGCGGCUGGCUUGCCAGGCAGAGCUGAAGCCGUGCUACAGGAGCAAGCUGUGGUGCUGUGGCAUUGCCCUCCUGGGGCUGGCAGAGCUGGGCACCUUCUCAGCCUAUGCCCUCGCCCCCAUCGCUCUGGUGGCUCCACUGGGAUCUGUUUCUGUCAUAGGUAGUGCAUUUAUUUCUGUCUUUUUCCUAAAGAAGACCAUGAGGACUGCUGAUAUAUUGGGAGGAACGCUGACAAUAACAGGGAUAUACUUGUUGGUCACAUUUGCUCCAAGUGUACCUCAAGAGCUCACAGCAAGACAAGUGCAGAAUUACUUAGUGAGCUGGCCUUUUUUGGUAUAUUCAAUUUUAGAAAUUCUAAUAUUCUGCAUUCUCCUCUAUUUUUACAAAAGAAAGGCUGUGAAACACAUCAUGGUUUUGCUAAUGAUGGUAGCUCUACUGGCAUCCCUGACUGUCAUUGCUGUUAAGGCUGUGUCCAGCAUGAUAGCACUUUCUGUGAAGGGGAAAAUGCAGCUAACUUACUCCAUUUUCUAUGUCAUGAGUAUUUUAAUGGCAACGUCUUGUGCUUUCCAAGUCAAGUUCUUGAAUCAAGCAAUGCAUCUGUAUGAAGUAACAGCAGUUGUCCCCAUUAAUUUUGUGUUCUUCACCACCAGUGCCAUCAUUUCAGGGGUCAUAUUUUAUCGGGAAUUCCAAAGUGCAGCUUUACUGAGCGUGUUCAUGUUUCUGUUCGGGUGUCUCCUGUCUUUCCUUGGUGUGAUUAUAAUUGCAAGAAAUAAAAAAGAGGAGCAUUUACAAAUCCCUUUUAUUGACUGUGGACAUAUUCCUGGAGAAAAUCUGACAGGCAAAAUACAACCAGAUUCUCAUUGUUCAUGCUAUGGCACACUGAAUAAGGAAGAUGACUUGGUGAAAAGGCAAAGCUGAAAGAAGAGAGCACUUUACAUGCCAAUUAACAGGAGGAACACCACUGGAACAAGGAUCAGUAGCACCUUUUUAUUGAACAUAUUCAAGUAUACAUUGAACUCCUGUAUGUUGAAGAGACAUAGUAUUAUUUAAUCCUAAUUAAUUUAUCCUGUUA